AUGUACUUGAAGUGCAGGGACUCGCAGGACUUGGAUCUGGAUCCUGACUUCGACGACGAUGGCCUCUCCUCCACGUCGUCUUCGUGCUCUCAAGGUCACCGAUCUUCUCUCAACCUCCACACCCAACAAGGCGGCUCCAUCUGCCUCCUCUGUUUCUCCAACCUCCUUUCCAAUCCUCUCUCCCCUACCAUCCACGUCUCCUACGCUCUCUCUCAGCUCUCCCGUGCCCUCUCCCAACCUCUUUUCCUUCAUUCUCUUCUCACCUUUCAUCCUCACUUCCUCACCUCCCCUCUCGUUAAUGCCCUUUCCUCCUUCGACGAUGAACCCAUUGCCUCCCACCUCACCCAGCUCAUUCUUUCUCUAUCUUCCACCGAUCAUCCUUCUCUUUACGGUGAUUUCCUCUCUAGGAUUUCUGAUCGCCUCUCUUCUGGUUCCUUGGCUUGGAGUUUCCGCCAAUUACAUAUGCUCCACUGCUUAGGGGCUCUUCUGAAUUGUCUGAAGGAUGAUCCUUAUGCACACAUCAAAGAUAUACAUAGCCUCAUCUCCAAUCUUGCAGCAGGCCUUAAGUUGCCGAGUGAGGACAUCCGCGGGGAGAUCGUUUUUGUCCUUUAUAAAUUAUCUAUUCUCCAGAGUACAUCCGGAGGGGGAGAUGGAAUUGAUACUUUAAUUUCUUUUUGUCCCAAGCUCUUGUACUUGCUGGGAGAAGCCCUCAUGAAGACUGAAAAUGAUGAUGUUCGCUUGAAUUGUGUUGCACUUUUGACUGUGUUGGCUCGAAGACAUUUGUUCACAGAAGCCUGUGCAUAUGAUACUAGUAGCAUGAAUUUCUCUGGAGGACGUCACUCCUCAGAAACAGAAACCGGAACCAAGGGGUCAUCUCUUUGUGCUCUCUUUGCUGAAGCCAUCAAAGGUCCCCUGCUUUCAUCGAACAGUCAAGUCCAAAUCAACACGCUCGAUUUACUGUUUCAUUAUCUGGCUUCAAUGGGCACUUCAGGCGAACAUAUUCAAAUCUUGGUUGAAGAAAAUAUUGCAGAUUAUGUUUUUGAAGUAUUAAGAUUGUCCGAAUAUAAGGAUCCAGCAGUCAAGACUUGUCUUCGAGUGCUAGAUCUAUUAUCAACUGCAGAGGAAGUCUUUAAACUAAGGCUUGUAGUUGGGUUUUCAACUCUGAUUCCAGUACUACAAUACAUUGCUGAAGUUCCAUUUCACGCAGUUCAAUUUGAGACACUGAAACUCAUCUUCAAGUGCGUUUCCGAGUGCCCUGGAACAGUGUCAUCCUCUCAACUGGAGGAACUAGUUCUCGUCUUGACAAGGAUGCUUAAAAAACAUUCUGACGGGGAGAUGGGGGUGCUUCCUGAGACGUUUAUAAUGGCCUGCUUAGUUUUUGUAGCUCUUAUAAGAUCUCCGUCUCGUCAAGGAGUUCUAGAUCUGUCAAAAUCAAUGGAAGAUGCAAUAAAACAUGCCACCUUAACUUGUCUUUUCAUAUCUGAAAGGAAUACUGAGCAAACUUUGCAUUUUUUGUACCUACUUAAAGAGGCACAUGCAUUCAGUCAAGAAGGAAACUCCACCAACUCAAAUAAACUGGAACUUAAAAGCUGUAUUCUAGAUAUAUGCAAAACACAUUUACUUCCUUGGCUCUUAACAGAUGUUAACGAAAUGGAAGAAGAAAUAGUCCUGGGAUUGCUGGAAACUUUUCAUUCCAUAUUUCUUCUUCACGUUGAUGCCGAUGCCUUGGAAGUUGCGGACACCAUGAUAUCAUCUUCUUGGUUCAGCUUCUCAUAUGGAUGUCUGGGCUUGUUUCCAGGACAAAAGAUGAAAUACAGAAUAUAUUUACUAUUCAGUUCUCUUGUGGAUGUUCUUCUAGGUGACGAUUCUGGGCACACAAUAAGUGCUGCUGCUUUACAUUUGCCUUCUGAUCCUAUUGAUUUACUGUGUCUACUCGGUCAAAAGAGUACCAAAAGUUCAGAAUUAGCGUCUUGUCAAUCUGCUGCUUUGUUGAUUUUAUACACCAGUUCAUUAUAUGAUGAAAGACUAGCAGAUGAGAAGUUGGUGUUAGCUUCUCUUGAACAAUAUGUUCUUGUUAAUAGCAGUGAACUUUUGGACGGGACUACUGAUAAUAUGACAGUGAUUCGACUGGUAAAUCUUUACAGUUUAUUCAGGGGCCUCGGCAGGACGAGCUAUCACGUUCCCUAUAGUCGAGAAGCCGAGGGGAUUUUAUUCCAACUCAUAAACGAAGAUGGAUGGGAUAUACUUUCCGCAAGAAUUCACUCUGUAUCAUUGAAGUGGUUGUUCCAACAAGAGAAUCUGCUCAAAUCAUUGUGCCGUCAGAUUUUGAAAUUCUGCAGAAGCUAUAGCUCAGAAGGGACUGGCAUAAUGAUCUAUGGAACUCAUGAGCAAACUGUAAACGUACAGACGCUAGCUGAGUUAGUAUCCUCUGGGGAUAACUGUGGAGCAAGACUCUUUGUAUGCCUGUUGGCACAACUCGUUGAUGAAGGAGGAUAUGAGCAUGACAUAAUAUAUGCUCUAAAUCUUAUAACAACUAUUGUUCGCAUCUGUCCAGCUGCUUCAGAUCAAUUGUGUUUGCAUGGAUUUGGAACAGCAAUUAGGACUAUUUGUUAUUCAAGUCAUACCUUCUCCAUGGCAAUUUUCAUGCCUCUCUUGGUUCUGGUUUUCAACAUUUUGAGUUCAGUGCACUCCGAAACAAUUUCUACCGAUCAAUGUUGGGCUGGCGUGACCAUGAAGGUGACAGAGUACAGCACUACACUAGAAACUGGUGAUAUCUUAACAAGUGAAAGUCUCUUUGUACUUGGCAUUCUUUCCUUAAUUUUGCAUCACUCCACUAACAAAGCACUUGAAGAAGCUUCGAAGUUCAUACUUUUUAAUACUUGUAUAGUUUCUAUGGUGAACACUGUAGUCCAUGCAGCUUCUUCAAAGGGACCCGCUUUUCUUGACUCCGAUGAGGAAACAUGCGCCGGAGAAACUCUAACAUCUGUUCUUUUACUUAAUUACUUCUCACUUAGAAGUUUGCAUGCUAUCCUACCAGGGGUCGUAGAUUGGCAGAACUUCCUCGUUACAACGAAUCCAACAGAGUCUCUCGCCUUUAUUAGCAUCCGUUGCCAUGAGCUGUGCAGACUUCUACAUUUUGGUUCUUUGGUGGUCAAGAUUGUUGCUUCCUAUAGCCUGUUAGAGUUGUUUAACAGAAUAUCAGAUCAGGUAAACAGUAAACAUGAAGAGUUAAAAUGUUCGAUUGGGUAUCUCAUGUCUACAAGGAUUAUUUUGGAAGGCCUAGUUUCUUACAAUGACCUGAGAGUGGCUACAAAUUGUGCCCUCUGCCUGUCAAUGAUUAUGGAAUGGGAAAAGCAGGCAAAGGAAAAAAUACCAUUUGAAAAGAGCAAUUGGUGUAGGUUUAUUGUGGAAGAGAUGACAGUGUCUUUGGCAGCUCCUUGUUUUACAUCUCAAUCAUACAUCGACAGUCAAAGGCCUUCUGUACUUGUGGCUAUUGCAUUGCUAAAACUGCAUAAAGUUCCCGAGUGGAUGAGAUCUGUGUUCAAUGAUUCAUGCAUAUCCGGCAUACUGGAGAACCUUGGUGCUAGUACCUUGAGCACGGAGAUAGUGGUUUUAUUCCGAGAACUACUUAAAUCCGACUUCUUGAAUUCGGAUCACCUCGCGACCAUAAAUCAAGUUCUCCAGGGGUGCCGGCAGCGUUUGUCCGUUAAUGAUGGUCAAGAUGGCCGGCCACUUGAACCAGGAAAGGCGCGCACAGCGUCAUAUGCCAUGGAAGAAGUUUGUGGAUAUUUAAUUGACUUAAUGCCAUCAGAAACAUACCUAGAGACAGGUUCUAUGGGAUUUCAUUUGGGCAAUAACUCACUCCUAGAAGAAAUUGAGCUGUUUUUCAGGACCUUAAUUGCAUAUGAUAGUAGGACAUGAUAACUAAACGUAAAUAAUGGCUAAGGUGUUUGAUAAUUUUACUUAAUUUUAACGGAGGUGCAUGUAUAUUCAUCUACUACGAAAAAAAGCAGUGGCAUAGGAACUCAGAUAUCAUUAAUGUUUGAAGACACAGCUAAUAGGUGUGGUUGGGGAAAAAUACAUGACACAGGUAUCAAGGAGUUGGCUCGUUACUUCAUAGUCUGACAAGCAGGGUAGUCAAAGGCCAGAGGUGUCCUCAAGGCGCUAACUUGGGAAACAUGCCUCUAGAAUCUUGGUAAUAUGUUAUUAAGGAUAUAUGUAUAUGAUACAAAAACACACCCAUAUUGAACCACUUUGCCAAGCCCUUUUUGUCUUGCCUUCUUUAACAAUGGCAUUAUGCUUUCAUAUUUUUGCCCAAACUCCUUUUCAUUUGAAAUAUGUUAACAUUAAUAUAUGAGUUGUCCCAUGUUGCUAUAAGUAGUUUUUUCACAGACGCCAAAAAAUCCCCAUAUUGU